AUGAAUUCGUACGAUGUGAACAAGUCUCGUCAUCUCAUGAUGAAAAACUCGUGAGUUUUUUUUUAAUGAUUUUUAUGAAGUUGAGAACUCAACUAUUAGACCCUCCUGAAUUUUAAAGGCAUAGGGGUAGUAAAAAACGGUGUUUCAGUUCAAAGCAGUACUUUGUAGAGAUUUUCAUUGCGAAUCGAACGGUGAACUUUGAAACGUACCAAACUUCCUAGUUUUGGAGAAAAAAUAAUUCAAAUUCGGAGAGAGGAAAGUUUGAGUUCCCGCCAAAAAGGGGGUUUUGCAGUAAAGUUGCUCUAUGGACAACACGCUUCGCCACCUUCCGGAUUUUCGCUUUUUUUUCUUCAUUUCUUUCAAAUUUCAAUUUUUUCUGUUGUCACCAAAGUUCUUUUCGUCACAAAAGCUUUCUAUUCAUGUAUAAUUUGCAAACUUUGAUCGCAAAAAUGCUUUUCUGGUGAAAAAUGAUGAUUUUACACAGGUUUCGAUUGGGAUAGCAAUUAUUUGUGUUUUCUUUAUUAUCAAUGUGUGUUUUCUGUUUUCCUAAUCGAUUUUUCAGAGAAGAAAUCCUUAAUUUGAAGCAGAUAACCGGUUAUUUCUCACAAAAUGCGAGUCUAAUGAGACGUCCGCAACAUCGCGUGCACGGCUACUGUUAACAGUUGUCUGAGCACUGAUCCAAAGCUUUUUUCAAAAUUGAAGGCGGGAAAGUAAAAUCGCGUUUUUCUUCUAAAAUUGUCACAUCUGUAAUUUUUUUGAGUACAUCAUUCGAUUCGCAAAGAAAAACUAAAUAAGAUACUGCUUUCAACUGAAAUCCCAUUUUUUACUGCACCUAUGCCUUUAAAGUUAUUGAAGAACUCAGGAGAGAACUGUAAACAAAAACUCAAAUCAAGUUCAUCGAUUCAUCAAUUCGAGGAGCUAUAUUUAUCAGCAAAAAUGAACUUUAUCAAACACAUCGAAUUGCUUGAUACGGGUUUUUUUUGGCAUUGGAUAGUCUGUUCAGAUCUUGAAUGUGAAGUCACCGCUCAAACUCCGCCCCUUAUGCGUAGAUCAAACAAAAGAAAUUUUGAUUAUAUUUUUAUAUUCUUUCCUUUCUCUUAACAUCAGCCGACUGUGAAGGUCUCUUUUUUUAGUAUAUCGUAGAAUUUUCUCAGAUUGCCGCGCAGCAUAAAUGAUGACACUCUUCCAAAAAAUUCACUUCCUAAGUCAUUCAACUUAAUUUUUUCAAUUUUUUACAUCAUCUUUAUAUUUCCAUUUAGGAGCCCAUUUUUUUAAAAUAUGAAUUCUUAUUAAAACUUGAUAAAAAUAAGUUUCCUCACAAUUCCUCCUCUGUGGUCAUUUUAAAUUGUUUUUUUUUUCAAAAGUAUUUAUUUUUUUUUUCGAUUUGUCUCGAGAAAAUCUCGAUCUCGUCUCGAGAUCUGAUUCGAAAAAUUAUUUCGUCCCGAGAUUUUUUUUUUUAUCUCGAGAUCGAAAAACUCCGUCCUGUGCAUCCCCACAGGCAAAAUCCAAACUCCCCUAAAAGGGCCUUAAAAAAAGACCUUAAAACUCCUUUUUGAGUUCCUAAAAAGGAGUUGAAAGCUUUUCGGAACUCCUUUUUUUAGCUCCUUGAAAGGUCAUUUUAAGAAGAAAAAAAAGUCCAGAAAAAAUGCGCCUUUGAGGUCUUUUUUUUCAAAAGUUCUUUUUUGAGACCUUUUGGACGUUAUAGGUUUUUGAAGACGCUAUUACUAUUGAAAUCUUCAAAGAAAAAACGGAGUUUUUCAAUUUGUUGGCUAGAACGCAUUACGAACGUUUCGCACAUUACUGCAAGAGCCGCAACCGGCCGUUUAAAGCCGAAAAAAUUGAGUUGAUUGUCGUACUAUCCGUCAUUUAUCAAAUUUUCUCUAAAUUCGAUAUUUCAGAAGCUUGAGCCGGACAUCUAACCCGGUAGUCGCGUCGUUAAGUCUUGGCGAGCGUGCCGCGAAUCUGGUGAGCGCACUUGUCUCGUCCAAUCAUCCGACGAGCUUUGUGCCCACGGAAUCCACGUGCAACAACCCUAUAAUAGCUACUUGUCCAGCUUUCGUAGCUGCUCGUAUCGAACAAACGUUAGUCUUCAAGUAUCACAGAGUUCCUCAGGCACUCGUGCGCGCACGCGCGGGGGUUUUUUUUGCCCUUUACCAUGAAAUACGAUUUUGAAAUAUAUUUUUUAUAUUUUUGGAAUACUAAAGGCUGUUUCCAAGGUAGCUUUUUCGGCUUUUUUUUCACGGCGUUCUGUUGACGACUUACGUAAUAUAGGAUGUCUACUGUGCAUGCACAGAACGGCGCUAAAUCGCAUACUCAUUAAAAUAUAAAAAGAUUUUUGUUCUAAAAAUCGAACUUUUUUGAACUAUGAACAUGGAAAAAUUGAUUCUAGCUCGGGUUCAUUUUCUAGUUAAUUUAACUAAAAUAAAAUAAUUAGGGUUAAUGCCGUGUUCAAAGUAAUUUCCGCGAAAUGCAAAAUGAUCUCUGACUCUCCAAAAUUUAGUGAUCUUUUCCUUUCUCUGACAGCUAUUUUGAAUUUCGCGGAAAUUACUUUGAACACGGCAUAAAGGGGGCAAUUUUAUUCCUUCACACCCUCGAAAUAUGUUAACAAAGGUGAAUCGGGAAGUCGAUGCAAAUAGGUACCGGUUAGCGACGCUCGUGAGGCACCUACCGGGUAGCUACUUCCAUGGUAUAGUCGAUGUGCCACGACUUGAAAUUUCAUGGAACGACACUCCGCUUGGUGGCCUUGUGGCCGUGAAAGCGACUUGCCUUUGCGAUAUUUGGUCGCGCUUUCCAAUUUUUCUUUCAUUUGAAAAUUUCACUAUUUUAAUUAUGUUUCAAUAGUUUUCUUCGUGCCGAACUCAUGAUUAUCAUUGCUAGUGGAUAGACUGUUUCAUUAAAAACAAAUAAAGUUGAGUACUUUUCGAAUUUAAGGCGAAAAAAUGCAUUUAUAAUAUUGAUUUCAACGUACCUGACAUGCAACAUUCUUCCAUUUUCACUUUUAAUAUUUCAAAUAAUGUAAAAAAUAUCCCGAUCAGAAAUAAAACACAAUGAAUGUUUAAAAAACAAAUGAAUUCUACAACAUUGACGAGUUUGUACAAAAAAAAAAACAGAUACAUAAGUUCAAAGGGAAAAUCAUUAGUUUUCAGGACAAGUGCCCACUGUUCACGCCCCAUUUCAGACGCAUAGUUUAGCAAUUCGAUUUAUCUAAAGCUCGAUAAAAAAAAAAGAACGAAAACCUUUCUUCAAAAUAUGUUGCAUUGCAAUGCAUUGCAAAGCCCGAAGGCACCCACUUUCUGAAAAGAAAAUUCAUUAACCACUGCAAACAGAAAAAGAUAAAAAAAUUAAAACAUGGCUUUUAAAAAAAAACACUUUUCAGAAUAUUGUGGCGUUUACGGCCUAUUUCACCCGCAAAUCCUUUUGGUAAACCUUUGAAAACUUUUUUGAGAAACGAGAAAACAAUAUUGAAGCGAUUGACGAAUACAUGAAGUUUUUCAAACUUUUUUUUAUCGCUUUUUUCGAGAAAGAUGAAAUUUACUGUGUUCUUUCGUUUACAUUUGUACAACGCAAUCCUUUUCAACGAUAAUAAUACAUUUUAAAGGAAUAAAACAAUUAAAAAACGAUCAGAAUUAGGAUGAAAACCAAAGAAAAAAUUAGAGUGGCCGAGGUUGGCAAAUUCGCAAGAUGCGCUCUACCGCACAAAUCGAAACAGCGGAGUGUCGUUCCAUGAAAUUUCAACUCGACUAUACCGCAAAGCAUACGCUCGUAAGAAAUCAUACCCGGUAGCAUCGCGAUGUCUCUAAGGUAGUAGCCAGGUACCAUAGAGAUACUCCCGGUCGCAUACAAACGAUCACCGAUUACCAUACGCCGAUUGACUUUGAAGUUGCUACCCGGUACCUACUUGAGCGUAGGCUUUCCGGUAUCAUGAAAGUAGCUAAGAAGUAGCUACCUCACGAGCAUCACUUCCCAGUACGUCACUAUAAACACUUGUAUCGACCUCCCGAUUAACCAGUGUAUUCGCAAAGAAAUACAGAUGGUGUGGAAUGUUGAAUUUUUUUUUUUUGAAGAGUAGCAUCUACCAAAGCUAACGAAGCGGUAAAGGUCAACGAGAAUGGAAGUAUUGCGCCUGAAGCAACGACAGAAGUUUUUCCUAGAAAGUCGCUUCCCCCGGGUUCUGUCGUCGAUGUUAACUUGAAAGCUUCUUACCAAUUAACUAAAUCUUACUUCCAUAAUCCCUACAUACUGGUGUGUCCCCCCACUGUAUAA